GGGGUGCAGCCCCUGCCGCCUCCUCCCGGGCCUCACCGCUCACACCCUUCUUCCCCGAAACCCGGGGAGGCACCAGCCUGGCGUCGCUGGCGACACAGCGGGUGGGAAUCAAAAGGAGAAAUUAUCCCAGAACGCCGGGACACAUCGCGCUUGGCCUGGGAGUCUGAGGUGAUGAUGCUGUUGGACACAGCCUGCUUUGUGUGGGAUUCCCUGCUUGGAGUCUCUCUUCCCGUUCCUGAGCCGCAGGGAGAGCAGGCAGCCAGAAGUGCUCGUUCGAACAGGCUUCUCUCGGCCCAGCACUUCAUCGCGGCGACGGCGUGCCAGGAGCCGGACUACGGCUGGAUGAUCCGGCACUACUGCCUGAAGCAGUUCCAGCUCAGCAUGGAGGGCAUCGGGCAGCGGCUCUGGUGCGACUGGGAUGAGACCGUGGGCACGUACGGGGAGCUGACCAACUGCACGGUGCUGAUCGCCGAGAGGCUCGACUGCUACUGGCCCAACCGGCAGGUGGACGAGUUCUUCGUGGCCGUGCACAGACAGUACUUCAGGAACUGCUCCCCGUCCGGGCGGGCGCUGCACGACCCCCCCAACGCCGUCCUGUGCCCCUUCAUCCUGCUGCCCGUGCUCGUCACCCUGCUCAUGACCGCGCUGGUGGUGUGGAGGAGCAAACGCAGCGAGGGCAUCGUGUAGGGAACGCCCCGCGGCCAGCCCAGGGGAGGGACGGGGGGAUCUCCCCUGCCACGUGCCUGGUUUUUGGGAAGACUCUGGCAGAGGAGCAUCAUGGAGGGCACCAAGCACUGGAAGCAGAGACAGCAUCGCCGCUGCUCCUCUUCACCAGUACCCUCUGUGCCACACCCCCAUCGGUUUCCCAGUGAAUGCAUCAUUUAAGACAGGGUUGUUGGGCAAAAUGGGAUUCUGGGGGCCAGUGAGGCUGUCAUGCACUGCCCAGGAAGUCCUCCUGGGAUACCGGGGAGCACCACUCACCCCAGGCAUCAGCACUGCUCUGCUCUGCCUUUUCCAACUGCUUCCCUGGCAACCCCCAGCAUCGUGUGCCAAGAGAGGAGAAUUUUUAAAGGGAAAAAAAAA